CUCCCGUGUCUUCGUCAGUGGGAGCCCGGUGCUGAAGCUGACGAGAAUGAGGAUGCGGACGACGAUGGCGGUGAUGGAGGAGCAGCGCUGAGUUUAGUCGCUGUUUUCUCUUCCCCCUUUUUUCCUAUUGACAUUUUCCCCCCAUUCCUUUAAUUUAGAGAUUAGAGCGUCAUAAAAAAAUAAAAGAAAAGAAAACCCGACGCUGCCUGUUUGCCCCAGCCUGCCUUUCUUCUCCUCCCUCCCAUCUCCUGAGCUCGGACCGAGAUGGGGAACGAAGCGAGCAUGGAGGGCGGCGGGGAGCCAGGAGCCGCCGGGAUGAUGGGGUCGGUUAUGCCCGGUGGACCCGGAACAGGAGCGGGGCCAGGGCAGCAUAUGAAGCCGGUCAACGGGGCAGCUGCCGGGGGAGGAAUGGGAGUGGGAGGCCCUGGCAUGGGGAUGGCAAGAGGUCCAAUGGGCACGAUGGGUAGUCCAAAGCCAGGAAUGCAACAAACAGGACACGGAGGAGGAGGUGGAGGGAUGGGUGGAAUAGGAGGAAUGGGUGGAGGAGGCAUGGGAGGAAUGGGUGGAGGAGGGAUGGGAGGAAUGGGUGGAGGAGGGAUGGGGGGAAUGGGUGGAGGAGGGAUGGGAGGAAUGGAGGAGGGAUGGGAGGAACGGGUGGAGGAGGGAUGGGAGGAGGCAUGGGUGUGGCAUGGGUAG